CUUGCCCUAACUAUUCUGUCUCACCAUCUCCUUCCCGUCAUCAUCGCUGUCAGGCAGUGCUCCAGUUAUUCAGACGUCGUCUUUUUGUCCGGCCUUGGAGCCUUGAACAUCCUCGAUUAUAAUUUUGAAAAGAAUGUCGAAAUCGAUGUUGACUUCGUCGAUGCUAUCCUUCGACGCAAAGCCAUAUGCCUUCAGGUUCCCUCUCGAGAGAACGGCCCUCCUCAUCAUCGACAUGCAGCGAGACUUUCUCCUUGCUAAAGGCUUCGGCGAGAUACAGGGAGGCAACCUUGAAGCUGUGCAGGCUUCGAUUACUCCGACUCAAAGGCUCCUUGAGGCAUGUCGAAACGUUGGAAUGAGGAUUGUCCAUACACGAGAAGGGCACAACCCAGAUCUUUCGGAUUGCCCUUCAUCAAAGCUGGUCAGACAGUCUGCUGCACCAGGCAAUACACAACAUAAGCUAGUUAUUGGCGAUAAAGGGGAACUUGGCCGCUUACUCACUCGAGGAGAGUAUGGCCACGACAUCGUCGACGAGCUGAGACCACUACCUGGAGAGGUCGUCAUCGACAAGCCCGGCAAAGGAUCGUUCUGGAACACUCCGAUACUCCAUCAGCUGAAAGCGCGAGCUAUUACGCAUCUCAUCGUCGCAGGAGUCACCACAGAAUGCUGCUUUGCUACCACAAUUCGAGAAGCGAAUGAUCGCGGCUUUGAGUGCUGCGGUAUCGAGGAAGCAACAAGCGGAUACAACAAUGUAUGUUUCAAGAAGUCGACACUGGAUAUGAUACAUUGGUCACAGGGGCUGUUCGGAUUCAUCGGUAGCUUGCAGCCACUCCUGGAUGUUCUCGCACCUAUGUCGAGCAGAAACGUUGAUGUUGGGUCGACUCCACCACAAACUCCGCCAGCUUUCGAUGGGGGCUUAACAAUACCAAGUUUACAUGGAGCCUACAAGAAUGGGCUUUCUCCCCUGACUGUGGUCAAUGCACUCUAUGAUAAGAUCGAAGCGUACAAGAGUAUUGAUCCAGCGGUGUGGAUACAUCUCGAAUCAAGAGAGAACGCUCUUGAUACCGCAAGGAAGCUUGUAGCCCAAUUUCCUGAUCGUAAUACGCUCCCACCGCUCUUCGGCAUCCCAUUUAGUGUGAAGGACUCGAUAGACGUUGCGGGAAUCGCCACGACAACUGCCUGUCCUCCACUCGCCCACGUACCCUCUGUGUCCGCUGUGGUGUACGACAGAGUCACUGCUGAGGGCGCUCUAUUCAUCGGUAAGACCAACCUCGAUCAGCUCGCCACUGGGCUAGUUGGGUGUCGCAGCCCCUAUGGCAUCACCCACUCGGUUCAUCACAAAGACUAUAUCAGCGGCGGCUCAAGCAGUGGUAGCGCACUGUCCGUGGGUGCAAACCUAGUCUCCUUUUCUCUGGCCACGGACACAGCUGGAUCAGGUCGAGUACCAGCAGGCUUUAACGGAAUCGUCGGCUACAAGCCCACACGCGGGACCAUAUCGUUCCGCGGUGUGACGCCCGCCUGCUUGUCACUAGACUGCAUUGCCCUCAGCACCAAGACUGUAUCUGACGCCCGAACCAUAUGGCAGAUACUCGAAGGGCACGACCCCCUAGAUCCGUAUGCCAAACCCGAGAUAGCCUUUGAGCGACACAUCAACAGCAUCGGCCCGCAAUCGCGAACUUUCAAGUUCGGCAUUCCGCCGCCUGAAGCAUUAGCAAUCUGCUCCCUCCCUGCCCGUAGAAUGUUCAACGAAGCAAUAGCAAAGCUACAAAGGCUCGGCGGAGCACUCAAGCCCAUCGACUGGUCGCCCUUUCAAAAGGCUGGACAACUUCUUUAUGACGGAUCUUUCGUCUCGGAACGUCUUGCUUCGCUGCCAGACGACUUCCUAAAAAAGAACCGCGCCGCUCUCCAUCCCAUCAUCACACAGAUCAUGGACGCCGUCGUGAAUCGAAAAAGCUCCGCAGUCGACGCUUACCGGGACUUGCAAGCAAAAGCGUUGUAUAUGCGACAAGCAGAGCACGUCUUCGCUUACGCUGCAACCGGUGUUGAUAUUGUGGUUGUACCCACCACACCGACACAUUGGAGGAUCGACGAAGUACUUGCUGACCCUAUCAAGACGAACAGUGUCUUAGGUGAGUUUACGCAUUUCGCUAACGUGCUUGAUCUUUGUGGUGUUGCUGUGCCGGCUGGUAUGUAUCCAGUUUCUGAACUGAGCGGAAGAGAGGAAGACGAAGGUAUGUUGCCGUUUAGCAUUACAUUCUUGAGCGGCUCGAGACUUGAUGCCGAGAUGCUAGAGAUAGCGAGACAGUUUGAGGAGAGCCUGUUCUAGCGUUGCCUCGCAAUAUAACAUAUUGAUCAGCCUGGGGCCCUUUACCUGUAAUCCCUAGUCCACGCACCCCAUUUCUCACUGUCGUUCGCUGUAGUAUUGAUAAGCACUGUUGCUCUAUCACCUCACUCAUCGCUUAAUCGUAAGGCGCCCG